UAAAAUGACAACCUCCUGGAGUGAUCGCUUACAGAAUGCAGCAGAUAUGCCUGCUAACAUGGAUAAGCAUGCUCUGAAAAAGUAUCGGCGAGAAGCCUAUCAUCGGGUGUUUGUGAACCGAAGUUUAGCCAUGGAAAAAAUAAAAUGUUUCGGUUUUGAUAUGGAUUACACCCUUGCUGGAGAGCCAGUGUAACUCCUUCAAGACUGGAGUGACACACACUGCAUCUGCAUCUGCCUCAUUAUACAAGUCCCCGGAGUAUGAAUCCCUUGGCUUUGAGCUUACUGUGGAGAGAUUAGUUUCUAUUGGCUACCCCCAGGAGCUGCUCAGCUUUGCUUAUGAUUCUACAUUCCCUACCAGAGGACUUGUCUUUGACACAUUAUAUGGAAAUCUUUUGAAAGUCGAUGCCUAUGGAAACCUCUUGGUCUGUGCACAUGGAUUUAACUUCAUAAGAGGGCCAGAAACUAGAGAGCAGUAUCCAAAUAAAUUUAUUCAACGAGAUGACACUGAAAGAUUUUACAUUCUGAACACACUAUUCAAUCUACCAGAGACCUACCUGUUGGCCUGCCUAGUAGAUUUUUUUACUAAUUGUCCCAGAUAUACCAGUGAAUUUAGUGCUAGUGAGAGAUGCCACAUUGCCAGCCUGGAGAUGGGACAGCACCAGCAGCUCCAUGCAGGCUCUCACCUCCCACACGGCCCCUCUCCUUGCCAGUGUGCUGCAGCCAUGUUUGGAAGGGACCACUUCUGAUUGGCUUCUCCUGGGAAUGAAGACGGCCAGCAGAGGUGCUAAUUGUGACAACUGAGUGGGAGCUGUGAGACAGGAUUUAAAGAUGGGGACCUCUUCAUGUCCUACCGGAGUAUGUUCCAAGAUGUAAGAGAUGCUGUUGACUGGGUUCAUUACAAGGGCUCCCUUAAGGAAAAGACAGUUGAAAAUCUUGAGAAGUAUGUAGUCAAAGAUGGAAAACUGCCUUUGCUUUUGAGCCGGAUGAAGGAAGUAGGGAAAGUAUUUCUUGCCACUAACAGUGACUAUAAAUAUACAGAUAAAAUUAUGACUUACCUGUUUGAUUUCCCACAUGGCCCCAAGCCUGGGAGCUCCCAUCGACCAUGGCAGUCCUACUUUGACCUGAUCUUGGUAGAUGCACGGAAACCACUCUUUUUCGGAGAAGGCACGGUAUUGCGUCAAGUAGAUACUAAAACUGGCAAGCUGAAAAUUGGUACAUACACAGGCCCCCUACAGCAUGGCAUUGUCUACUCAGGAGGUUCAUCUGAUACAAUCUGUGAUCUGUUGGGAGCCAAGGGCAAAGAUAUUUUGUAUAUUGGAGAUCACAUUUUUGGAGACAUUUUAAAAUCAAAGAAACGGCAAGGGUGGCGAACUUUCUUGGUGAUUCCUGAACUUGCACAGGAGCUGCAUGUCUGGACUGACAAGAGUUCCCUUUUUGAAGAACUUCAGAGCUUGGAUAUUUUCUUGGCUGAACUCUACAAGCACCUUGACAGCAGUAGCAAUGAGCGCCCAGACAUUAGUUCCAUCCAGAGACGUAUAAAGAAAGUAACUCAUGACAUGGAUAUGUGCUAUGGGAUGAUGGGAAGCCUAUUUCGUAGUGGCUCCCGGCAGACACUCUUUGCCAGUCAAGUGAUGCGUUAUGCUGAUCUCUAUGCCGCAUCUUUCAUCAACCUGCUGUAUUAUCCAUUCAGUUAUCUCUUCAGAGCUGCCCAUGUCCUGAUGCCUCAUGAGUCAACCGUGGAGCACACACACGUAGAUAUCAAUGAGAUGGAGUCCCCACUUGCCACCCGCAACCGCACAUCAGUGGAUUUUAAAGACACCGACUAUAAGCGACACCAGUUGACAAGGUCGAUUAGUGAGAUUAAACCCCCCAACCUCUUCCCACUGGCCCCCCAGGAAAUCACACACUGCCAUGAUGAAGAUGAUGAUGAAGAGGAGGAGGAGGAGGAGGAAGAAUAAGGAGGAAAACCAAAACCCUGAACACCCAUUAAACAAGUUCUGGCAGGACCCACAGGAGCAAAGGAUGUUCUUGUUUGGGUUCUACUGGGGAGGGUGGGGGUGCUCCAUCAGAGGUACGUCUGGAAAGUUUCUAAAGACUUUAAAAUAUUCUAAUCAUAGAGAGAUACUUGUUUUAGUUUUGUGUAUCUAUAUUCUUUGCAGAUGGCUCAGAAUUGUAAUGGAGUCUGUAUUGGAAGGAAGUAAGGGUAAAGUCAGGCUGAACUGCAUGCAGAUGGUUCCAUGUGGCUUGUGACACUGUUUGCUUGUCAUUUAUGAUCAGUAUGUCAUAGUGUAUCUGGAUACACUAAGGAUGAAGGGUUUCAAGUGUAAUAAGGACUAGUGGGAAGACAUCCAAAAAUGCUGUAUUGUUUCAAAUUGUUCUAUUACUUUAAAAUCCAACUUUUUCAGUGCAUUACACAGUAUUGUAUAUCAGUGGAGAAAUAUAUUGUUUCCAUUAUUGAGUGUAGUCUUCUGUUGAGGUCAAGUUUCCUUUCAUAAGCCUUUAAAGUGUCCUCAAUGACUGGCAAGGCUGCUGCUCUGUCAGUAACCUUGCAGAAGUAUUCUCUGUUUUAGGACCAGUCUGGAGUGGACUGCAGGGAUUCUAUUUUGACAUAUAAAAGUCCUAUUCUUUCUGUAUUUUUUUAGGUUGAUAGCACGAAUACUUGUUAUCUAAAACCUUUUUCUCAUCAUAAUAAAUCUAUAAAGGAAUUUAGCUGAAAGAUGACAAAGGAGCAAGCCCCCAGAAAAGAGGAGGAGAAACCUUCUUAUAUUAGAGAAUGGUUGAGUAAGAUGUAUCAGGAUGGGCUGUAAUUGUGGCAUCUGCUACCCAGUUCCACAUUUCUCUAAGCUCUAGUGUUGAUUGUUGUAUGUUAAAGUUGAACAUUAGAGAAUGGGAAGAGGACUCUAAGCCAGAACCUUACUAAUGCAAAUAGCAAAAUCAGUGAGAAUAAAUUCAGAACUCUAAGUGAAAUCACUUCUUGUUUUGAGCAAGAAUGAAUUAUUGUAGACAUUAGGCUCUUAUUAAUGCCUCACUAGUACAGUGAAAGUUGUUCCAACAUUUUGAAUAGUGAUAAUAGAUUCUUAACUUUCAUAUAUUUUCUUCCAAUCUUACUGUCAUUGGUCUAUAGGGGAGAAUAGACUAGCUGAUCUAGAAUUCAAUAAAAUGCAAUGUUUCUAAAUAUUGACUUUGACCCCUUCUAUAGCACAACUAUAAUUAUUAUUGGUCUUCAAGUGGGUUCAGGUUUGGCUUAGUGACAAUAGUUUGACGGUUUCUCGGGAGAUACACAUUCCCAGAACUCGAAGAUCUAACAUGAUUAUAUCUAUAGUGUCUCACAGGCCUCAAUUUUUUCACAAUGUUUUUUGGUAUCGGACUGCGAGGUGAGGCUUUAAAAAAAAAUCAUUUUGUGGGUAGGCAACACAGCUCAGUAACAUAACCAAAGUUGCCAUGCCUCAUGACUUGCACUUUAGAUUGCUGUCAGAAUGUGUUUCAUGGUAUGACUUAAAUCUAUGGAGAAUAUAUGCUCCUUUGAAAGAAUUACUUUAGAAACGCUAUUGCAAAUAAAAAUUAGAUGCUAUCUUUUUUAAAA